GAUGAAGUGCCUUCUGGGUGCCGUGCCAAUGGAGAAGAUGAGAUGAAGUGCCCUCUAGGGUGUCCUUCUAGUGGAGGAAAUGUGAUAAAGGGCCCCCUUGGAUGCCCCUACGGUAGAUAAAACAUGAUAAAGUGCCCUGGGUGCCUUUCCAGUGGAGAAAACGAGAUGUAGUGCCCCCUAGGGUGCCCUUAAAUGGAGAAAAUGUGAUGCAAUGCCCUCUAUUUCAUGCCUUUAAAUGGAGAAAACGUAAUGCAGUGCCAUAUAUAGUCUGCCCUAUACAUGAUUGAAAACUUUCUGCGCCCUGGUGCCCCCACCGCACGCAGCUGGUGCCCUUUGUUUUUAUUUUUUUCGCCCCUGCCCCUCAGACAGCCAGAGUCUGCUACAGAGCAAAGCCUAUAUAUAGCAACACCCUUUCCUUAAUGUGCAUGCUUAUUAAUUAAUACAAAUAGUUGCAGGCUGCAUAUUGUUAAUGGUAACACUAGUAACUCAAUGUAUACAUACACACAAAUAGGCUACAUUCAUGAAUGCAUGCAUGCACACACACCAUCACAUAUCAGGCUGCACAAACAGAACAUGAUGUACUACAUACAGCACACAGCCAGUGUUGAUGGACACUCCUGGCACAGUGUGGCCGCAUGGUGGCGCUCUUGCUGUGUCCUCCUGCCUCUCUAUGGGGGUUUAACUCAGAGGCAGCCUGUUGUAGCCUAUAACUGUCGGGGGUUGGUGGAUUCAUUCCUCUCUGAAACUGGCUCCAGACACCACAUGAAAACCUCCAGUAAUGCGAUGCCAAAGCAGCUUGUUGAACUCCAGAAGAAGAAGAAGAAGCGCGCAGUCUGAUCUGACAGGACUUCAUCUUCCAUCAUCUUCAUCAAGGAUCUCUCUCUGCUUAUACUCUCAUCUCUUGCACUUGAAAGUUUGAUUUCUUUUUUUUUUAUAUAUAUAUAUAUAAAUAAAUAAAAGUGGAGAUGAAUAGCACCGGGUUCAACCAGACGGAGGUCGGACUGCUCAACAAGACCGAGGAGUUUUUCUGCUGCAACUUUUCCUCGGUGGUGACUGAUAACGGCUUCGUGGCUGCAGCUCCGGAUGAGAGGAGCCUGUUCGUCAUGAGGGUGGUCCAGAUCGCUGUCAUGUGCGUGCUCUCCCUCACUGUGGUCUUUGGCAUCUUCUUCCUGGGCUGCAACCUGCUCAUAAAGUCAGAGGGGAUGAUCAACUUUCUAGUGACAGACAGGAGACCGUCUAAAGAAGCUGAGGCUGUCAUUGUUGGAGCCUACUGACUGAUGAUGAUGAUGAUGAUGAGGAUGAGGAACCUUUUCAUGGUUUCAUCUGCUGGAUGAUCAAUAAGAAGACUUCAUAUUAGAAAAAACCCUCAGAGGUAACUAAACCCUGCUGGUGACUUUUUAAAAGACUCAUUCAAGCAUCUUUGAUUAUAUUCAAUCAAGCACUGAUGUACUUUCAGCAGCCUUUGUCAUGAAGUGGCUGCUCCAAAAAAACUCUCAUAUUGCAUAAUGCAAAGGAGAAAUUAAUGUGCAAACGUGCUGUAUGUUGUAUGUGUUUUUGCAUACAAUAUGCAUCAUGUUAAUCGGUGUAUUUUUCUGGAUUUCCUGUGUGAGUGUGCUAUCUGCAGUGGGGCAGUGUAUAUCUUGUUAAUUGGAGUAUAAAUUCGUUCUGUAAUUAAAGUUUUCCUCUUAAUUAAAGUCUAUUUUUCUUCCAUGAAUGUAACCCUGGCUACACUCUGCCAAAUGAUUUAGAUUUAAGAAAUUAAAAGAGCUGAAAGAGCUGUUUAAUUCAGGUAAAUAUACAAAAAAAAAGCAUGAUGAUAAGACAGAGAAUGUGUUAUUAGUGCUAUUUAUCC